AUGAUAAGCUAUGAAAUCCUUAUAAUCAAACUAUUGGUGCCGAUUAAUUGGCAAAACCGAUACAUCGGUCGACCUCUACUGAAACGGCUCAAUGCAGACGACCCAUUUCUAAAGCGGGAUCACGCCCGGCUCGCGCCUGAGAUCGUCUCGGCUGCACAGUACCGCAAAUUUGACGAGUUUCAAACUGGCAUCCUGAUCUAUGAGCUCCUGCACCGCCGUAACCCGUUCGAAGCCACGCCGGGCAAAUGCGACUACAGAUGCGACGAGCUGCCGCCGAUCCCCGCCGCCUCCAUCUACUCACCCGGCCUGCAGAGACUGGCGCACCUGCUGCUGGAGCCCGACCCCGGACGCCGCAUCCAUAUCCAGGACGCUCGGUGCAUCCUGCAGGCGCUGCUGUGGGGGCCGCGGCGGGAUAGAGUUAUCAUUGCUUACAGAGAGAAACUCAGCAUGUCUGAAAUUUCGACUCUGGAUCCUGAGAACGUCUGGCUGGAUUCCCUGAAAUCUGCCCGGUGA